AUAAAUCGGACUGUUUUUUUUUGUUGUAGGCGAAUGAAAGGUAACCAUUUGGGAUUGCACAGGACAUUUACUGAAGGCUGUACCAGGGUUUUAAUCAUAUUCUUUACUUGAUAUAAGUGUUCAAAUUAAAUCCCUGGUUGCUGACCAAGCUGUCUUGAAGCAGGAUGGUGGAGGAGGGGAAGCAUCAGGUGUACCGCACAUGCAUGGACUCGUCUGUUUAGGCCUCACACAUUGUCUGGUUGUUUUGAGUAUAUUUAAUUUUCACUAUAAAUCACUGGACAGGCACAAUAUAAUAACUGUAGACCUCAAAUGUUUCAAUUCUAAGAAUCAAAUGCAUGUAUUGCUCUUUGUUCCAAAGUUUUCAAGGCUCUGUGAAAAUGGCCACUUCAGCGAGUGCCAGCUUGAGUAAAGCUGUGAAGCAGCAGUAUAUGGAUCUUCCUCAGGGAGACAAGGUUCAGGCCAUGUACAUCUGGAUAGAUGGGACUGGAGAGGGGCUCCGCUGCAAGACCAGAACUCUGGAUUCCGAACCCAAGGCCAUUGAUGAUCUUCCAGAGUGGAACUUUGGUGGUUCCAGUACGUACCAGUCAGAGGGCUCUAACAGCGACAUGUAUCUGAUCCCUGCUGCUAUGUUCAGAGACCCCUUCAGGAAAGACCCCAACAAACUGGUCCUGUGUCAAGUGUUCAAAUACAACCGCAAGCCUGCAGAAACCAAUCUCCGGCGGAUGUGUAAGAAGAUCAUGGAGAUGGUAGAGAACCAGGUCCCUUGGUUUGGUAUGGAACAGGAAUACACCAUCCUGGGCACAGACGGACAUCCUUUUGGUUGGCCUUCUAACGGCUUCCCUGGUCCCCAAGGUCCCUACUACUGUGGAGUAGGGGCAGACAAGGCGUAUGGUAGAGACAUCGUAGAAGCCCACUACAGGGCCUGUCUUUAUGCCGGGGUUCAGAUAUGUGGCACCAAUGCUGAAGUCAUGCCAGCUCAGUGGGAGUUCCAGGUGGGACCUUGUGAAGGGAUCAACAUGGGAGACCACCUCUGGGCAGCUCGGUUCAUCCUGCACCGGGUCUGUGAGGACUUUGGUGUAGUGGCCUCAUUUGACCCCAAGCCCAUCCCUGGGAACUGGAAUGGUGCUGGCUGCCAUACCAACUUCAGCACCAAGGAGAUGAGAGAAGAUGGUGGGUUGAGGGCCAUUGAGGAGUCGAUCAAGAAGCUGGGAAAGAGACACCGUUACCACAUCUGUGCCUACGACCCCAAAGGGGGGCUGGACAACGCGCGCCGGUUGACCGGUCACCACGAAACGUCCAACAUCCAUGAGUUCUCAGCCGGUGUGGCGAACCGCGGUGCCAGCAUCCGCAUCCCCCACUCAGUGGGUCAGGACAAGAAGGGCUACUUCGAGGACCGCCGCCCGUCAGCAAACUGUGACCCGUAUGCAGUCACAGAAGCCAUGAUACGCACAUGUUUGCUCAGUGAAGUGGGGGAGGAGCCUACAGAAUACAGCAAAUAAACUAGUUACUCUGUUGGACUGAAAUAAUCCCCUUUCUCUCCUCUUGCGCUACGCCUCAUGAAGUGUCAUUCCCAGUACUGUUUUGUCUGUGGCUUUGGAAACCCCUUGUAUAAAUUGCAAAUCUUGACCAUCCAUGUAGGGCUUACUUUUUUAGCCAUUAAAACAUUUUACUUGAGAUCAAUGAGUGUACUUGAUGUAUUCUGCUGUGUUCAGGGUAGCGUAGUCCCUACCUUUUUUAGCUUGAUCACUGCCAAUAUUGCCAUAUAAUUGAUGCUAAAGAAUGAUUCCAGACAUGUCAGUCGAGGAGGGUGAAAUGUUUCCUAUGUAUAGGUCUAGUUUUGUGUAUCAAUUUGCUACUCAUGUUUAACAUGAUAUACUAACCAAGAUGCUGUAGAUUUAUGACUAUGCCAUGUGUGGUCUGGCUCGUGUGGUACACAAACCCAAAAGGAUCCAAGGUGCAUCUGUCUUUAUACAUGUGUGGAUCUCUAUUGUCUACCAUUUAGUAGAAGUUGUAUGUGACGUAGAAGUCCGUCACUGGCCGCGGGCAGCAUUUGGUUCUUUAACGCACACACAUUCAUCACUCCUCCCUGCGCCAUUAUACCAUAAGUUAACAAUGUGGGUCGACACACAAAUUAACUUCUGUCUUGGUGCAUGCAUUUCACACUUGUCAAUGUUCAUAUUUGAGAGAUACAAUAAUUAUUAUACUUAUCAAUGUUGUGGAUGAGCGCAUUUGUUUGUUCUGUUCCUCUCUCUCCAUCUCUGUAGCUUCCGGGUAUGCUGGAAAAGGACCCGAGCUAAGGGAAUUGGGUUGGCUUUAUAGUGCCUGUCCCAAAUGGCUCAUUAAUGCAUAUGGGCAUAUUGAAAGAUAUUGUCAGUAGUGAUGUAAUGUUGUAAAUGUUAUGUUGUGAUAUUGUUUAAAACCGUGUUGCAAUGUAUAUCCUUUAGUAUGUUUAGUUCAUGGAAAAUGUAGGUUUGUAAUUGUUAAUUGAUUAAUUAAUUAGGGUUAAUUGUUCUGAGGGGAGGGGCUAGCCCUACAAAAGGAGCCUCUCUUUCAGUUAUGGAGAGGCAAUUUUGGAUUGAGCUGUGGAUGGGGCAGCAUUGUUUUUAAGCUGUCCCAUAAGGUAGACGUUGAUGGCAGUACUGUUGUUUUUUGUUCCGGAAUCACUUGUAAAUAAACACCUUUGCACAGAAGAACUUUUGCGGCUCCGCCAUCUUUUUAUUUUGAUAGAGGUUAGGUUAUCCAGUUUAGCCUUCUGGCCUACUCUACGUGACAUUGUAUCAAGAACCCAUUUUCUUAUUUGGAACAUUAAAAAAUAUUUUUUAAUCUGA